UCCCCCUGCACCCUGGCCUAGGGCCUUGCUCUUGGGGGCUGCAGUCCGGGUGGCUUAUCUCAGCAAAGCCUGUCUCAUCGGAGACCUGGGGGCCUGUGCGGUGCUGAACCCAAGGGGACAGCAGCCCUCCGGGGGUGGGGCUGUGUUAUUCUUCAUCCCCAGACCUAGGCAUCCUGCCCAUAGGCCCUGCCCAGAGCUGGCUCCUGCUGGGCCUGGCAAGUGUCGUCCUUGGAGUGACCCAUGUGCCUCUUCCUUGGGGCAGGGUGGAGCUGCCAAAGAUCAACCCUGUGGCCCUGUGUGUGCUCCAUCUGGAGCUGCUCCCAGCCCCUCUGCUGUGCCUUUGGAGACUUCCGGAGUGUUGUGCUCCCCAAGGGAAAGGAGUUGGGAGAAGGGCAGGCAGCCCUAUGCAUGGGGAUCUGGGGUUACCACCCAGCCUGAUUCACUGUCUUCUCUUGCAGAGCCCACAACUAUGGUGGUGCCACCGGCCAGCUCAGAAGCCCAGAUGGUGCAGUCACUGGGCUUCGCCAUCUACCGCGCACUGGACUGGGGGCUGGACGAGAGUGAGGAACGUGAGCUCAGCCCACAGUUGGAGCGGCUCAUCGACCUCAUGGCCAACAGCGACUGUGAUGAUGGUGGCUGCGGGACAGCUGAUGAGGGUUACGGGGGCCCUGAGGAGGAAGAGGAGGCCGAGGGUGGCCCCCGCACGGUGCGCACCUUUGCCCGGGCCAUGCAGCUAUGUGCCGCACGCCUCACCGAGCCCCAGGGUGCUCAGGCACACUACCAGGCCGUGUGCCGCGCCCUCUUUGUGGAGACGCUGGAGCUGCGCGCCUUCCUGGCCCGUGUCCGUGAGGCCAAGGAGAUGCUGCAGAGGCUGGGAGAGGAUGAGCCACAGAUGCAGAAGCCACUGGCUGAGCUCGACAACCUCGGACAUACAGACUGGGCCCGGUUGUGGGUGCAGCUCAUGAGGGAGCUGCGCCAUGGGGUGAAGCUCAAGAAGGUGCAGGAGCAAGAGUUCAACCCCCUGCCUACUGAGUUCCAGCUCACACCCUUCGAGAUGCUGAUGCAGGACAUCCGCGCCAGGAACUACAAGCUGCGCAAAGUCAUGGUGGGUGGGGACAUCGCGCCCAGGGUGAAGAAGGAUGCACAUGAGCUCAUCCUGGACUUCAUCCGCUCCCGGCCUCCCCUGAAACAGGUCUCUGAGCGCCGGCUUCGACCGCUGCCACAGAAGCAAAGGACCCUGCAUGAGAGGAUUCUGGAGGAGAUCAAGCAAGAGCGCAAGCUGCGCCCCGUGGGGACCCAGCGCUCAGGCACUCAGGGCUUUGGCUCUCUGCCUUGCAUCCUCAAUGCCUGCUCUGGGGACAUCAAGUCCACUUCCUGUAUCAAUCUGUCUGUCACGGACGUCGGGAGUAGCACUCAGCGCUCACGGCCCCGGGUCCUGCUGAAGGCACCCACGCUGGCUGAGAUGGAGGAGAUGAACACCUCUGAGGUCAGAGCCACACAGACCCUGGCAAAGCCAGGGGCUGAGCCAGCUGGGAGGGGGCAGGUGGGACGGGUGCUUACCGUCUCGGCAGUCAGAAGCGGCCAUGGGAUACUCAGACAGUGCCCUGGGGCCAGCUUCUCUCUUCCUGAGGAGUGCUCGGGAGGGCUGCACAUGGACAUAGUCCUGAAGGUGGAAUGGCAUGUUCAGCACAGGAGUGGGCAGAGGCCAGAGGCUGCCUCUUCUUCCUCUUCUCCACUGACGCCACCUCCCUUCCCUUCCAGAGCCGUCUGCACUUCCUGUAGCAUAAAGAUGAAGAUGCCUUCUAAGAAGUGUGCACACAUCCCCGUCUACACUCUGGGCUUUGAGAGUCCUCAGAGGACACCCAUGGCCAAGGCCACACCAAUGCAGAGGAGAGAGGUCUUCCAGUCCCUGCAGGGGCCAAGGUGGCGAAGCGUGGAGGAGGAGUUCCCGCACAUCUAUGCGCAUGGCUGCAUCCUUAAGGACGUCUGCAGUGACUGCACCAGCUUCGUGGCUGACGUCGUGCUCUCUAGCCGCAGGAGCGUGGAUGCCCUCAAUGCCACACCACGUCGCAGCCGCCAGACCCAGUCUCUCUACCUCCCUGACACUAAGACUCUGGACUUCAAGUGAUGACAGCCCACGGCAGCCAGGCCUGAACUGUGCGUGUACAUAUAUACAUAGACGGGCGCCUUUAUAUAAUAUAUGCACACAGCCUAUAUAUUUAUACAGGUUUUCUGGCCCUGCCAUUCAUUUGGGGCCAGUUCCACUGUAGAACCCUCCCUGGGGAGGCGGUUCCCUCUCAGGAUUCCUUGGGAUGGGGUGAGGGGGUGCUUCUCCCCGAAGACGGAGAUCCUGAAUCUCCAGCAGACUCCCCUGCCCAGGCCCCAGGUCUCCUGCACAGGUGGUGCCACAAGGCAGUUUCCCUUUCCUGGGCUGAAGUCCAGGUUGGGAUGGGGAACCUGCCUGCCUCUGCCUUCUGGUAAGGGCCUAAGGUACCUGGAAGGCACUGGGUGUGUGGGACCCUCUUGGAAAUGUCUCAGUGUGGAAAGCCAGAGGCCAAGCUUGGGCCCUGCUGCCUCUGCCCAGCACCCAUCCCUGGCACCUUGUCCCUCCAUCCCUUCCCCCGUGCUGGUGCUAUCUUCACCUGCCCCUGCCCGGAGGCCUGGGGAUACUGGAUGGUCCUGGCACAGCUCUGUAAAGUUGUGCCUGUGGCCAUGCAAACCUAAUAAAGAUUAUCUCACAGUGACCAUCUGGGGACAUAGCUGUGUGGAAGGCUGAGGCAGGAGGAUCACAAGUUCUCAGAGGUUGCAUCUCAGCUCUGAUUGGCCGCCUGCCUUCCAGGGCCAGAAAAGACCUCUCCAGUGUUGCUGUCAGGGUGCCCAUCACAGGACAUGACAUCCAGACCUAUUCCUGUCCACAAAGCCCUCGGCAGGCUAAGGCAGGAAGAUGGCAUCUUUGAGUCCAGUCUGGGCAACUCACCCAGACCUUGUUUCCAAAUAAAACCAAAAGAAGGGUUUGGGAUAUAGCUCAGCAGUGGCGCACUUGCUUAGCACACAUGAGACUCUGAAUUCCAUCUCCAGCACCACACACACAAAAGCCCUGCCCAGCUUCUCUGCCAACUCCAGAGCCCUGGUCACUAUGGCAAGGGCUGCAUGCAUUAACAGCUCAGGAUGCUGCCUGUCAUCUCCUCUGGCUGUGCUUCCGGCCUAGGUCCCUUUGGUCUUAUUUCUCAGCCCUCUAGGCCUGUUCUUCAGGGAGUUGACCCCGCUGGAGUUCCCAGAAAGCUGUAGGCUGUGGGUGGGUCCAGCACCAAGCAACCUGCUGGCUCACAUGCACAGGGUGUGCUGUCAUCACUCCCCUCAGCAGAAGAGCAGACAGGCUCAGUACAGGGAAGAAACUUGGCAGUUCAUUGCAAGAUGUCAACUCCAGACUGCACUGACUGCCCCAGGGCUGGAGGAGGCCCAGAAGGGACAAGGCCUAUAACAGCAGGGUCUGUGGGAAAGAAUACUCUUAGCACCUAAAAUCCAGGAAAUGCAAAUACACAAAAUCAGAGCAGCUAAUAAAAGUAUCCAGCUCCCACUACUUGUUUGUACAUAUACUACCUAUUCUUGUGUUUUUAUUCCUGUUUAUAAAUAAGAACCAGGUGUGGAGGUG